AUGAACCUGCUGACAACCGCGCUGCUCCGACUCCGAACGGGCAAUCCGACGGCCGACCUGUCGGCCACCGUCGUGGUCCAUGAGCAGCCGGUCGAUAGCGACCGGCACGACGUCGAUCUGGCCUCGGAGAUGAUCCGCAAGAGCGUUGUCUUCCGCAGCUUCUCCUUCCCGGUGGUGACGUCCCUGAUCGUGGCCGGCUUCGUCCUCUUCCCGGUCGCGGAGCGCACGUGCCAGGCCAAAACGUUGCAGCUCAUGACCGGCAUGUCGGGGAGCGCCUACUGGGGCUCCAACCUCAUGUUCGACCUUGUCGUGUACUGGGUCAUCUGGAUCUUCGCCGCGAUGGUCGUGGUCCAAUACGUCGAGCUCUUCAUUGACUCCAUACGUACAAGCUUGCUCAUCCUGUCGGGUCUCACGGGUGCCUACGAGCGCGACGAACAAGUGACGUUGGACUACGUCUACAUGAUGCUCCCGCCGUACGCCUUCCCCAGCUGCCUCAUCAAGAUCCUGAAGCUGGAGAUGGAGAACAGGGUCUGCCUCAGGCACAGGCACAGCAUCAUCAAAGCCAAGUGCAAAAACCUGCGCAACGAAAUGUGGGGACACAUGCUCUACUGCUGCUCUACCACAGAGGAAGAAAGCGACUAUUGGUCAGCGGUGCAUCCUUUGGGCUUCAGCCAGAGGGGCGUGGGCUAUGAGGUGAUUGUCAUGGCCAUUGAGGGGACGCUGCUGUUCCUCCUGCUCAGCUGGCUGGACUCCGGGUCCCUCCCCAUCAGCGAGGCGUACGACCCCGACAAGCACAAGGCUAACGAAAGCCUGGAUAGAGACGUGAUGGCCGAGAAGGAUACAGUGCGGAACAUCGUGUCCAAGAAGAUGUUCUCCAAGGCGGCUCUGACGGUAGAGGAUCUACACAAGAAGUUCGCAACCGUGCACGCCGUCAAGGGACUGUCCUUCACUGUCCUGUCCAAGGAGUGCUUUGGUUUCCUUGGCUCAAAUGGCGCUGGCAAGACCACCGCCUUCCAGAUGCUCGCAGCACUUAUUCCUGCGAGCCGCGGAGAGGCGUACAUGAGGAGGUGCAUCCUGUCUUGGGAAGCCAGGAAGUGGCAGUCCAAGGUCGGGUACUGCCCUCAGUAUGGCGGACUGCUGGAGACCCUGACUGCCCGCGAGUACCUGAGACUGUUCGCAUCCCUGCGCGGCGUAUCGACCCACAAGAUCGAUCAGCUGGUCGAGAGCAUCUUUAACCUCAUGGGGCUCGACGGCAUCGCGGACAACCGGUGUGGAACUUACAGCGGGGGCAACAAGCGCAAAUUGAGCAUGGCUGUGGCCAUCAUCGGCCUCCCGAGGCUCGUGCUUCUGGACGAACCCACGGCCGGCGUGGACGUGGUCGCCAGGAGGCGGAUGCUGUCCGGCCUCAAGGUCGUCAUGGACUACUCGGACAUGUCCGUCGUCCUCACGUCGCAGAAGAUGGACGAGUGCGAGACGGCUUGCGACCGGAUCGGCAUCGUGCUGGCCGGGCAGUUCCGCUGCCUCGGCACCCUCCAGCACCUCAAGGACAAGUACGGCACGGGCUCCACCAUCAAGCUGAAGCUGCAGAGCAGGGACGCCCAGCUGCGCAGGAGCGUCGAAGACGCCAUCGUGGCCCAGUUCCCGGGCAUCCAGCUCAUGGACUUCCACCAGGGCAUCUUUGUGUUCCGCCUGGAAGAGAAGCUUCCCUGGAGUGUCCUCUUCUCCAAGAUGCUUGAGUUGCAGUCGCAGUUCGUGUUCGAGUACGUGCUGGUGUCGGACACGACGCUCGAGCAGAUCUUCAUCAACUUUGCCCGAAGCUACGAGAAGGAGGAGCGGGGCAAGACCGCCGAGACUUCCUCCUGAGCGACAGAUGGCGCCACCUUCCUUGACAGCGUCUCUCAUCAUCAACUGGACGAUUACGCGUUAAGGAGGGACAAUGUAUAUACAACAGGGUUUACA